AUGAGAAUUGGUAUUGCAGGAAUUACGACCAGCGGGAAAAGCACAUUAGCCAAAGCUCUUACAAAUGUUUUCAAAGGCGCACAUUGCUGCGUUGAUGAUUUUUAUUACACUCAAGAUUUUCCAAUGAUGACCUUUAAAGGUAAGACCAUAAUUGAUUGGGAAACACCCAAUUGCAUCCAUUGGGAUAAGUUUGAAGAGUACUGCGAAAGACAAACUGCUGAUAUUGUUUUUAUCGACUCUUAUCUUUUAUUUUAUUCGAAGAAAGUAGCCGACUCAUUAGAUGCCGUAAUUAUUCUUCAAUAUCAGCCAGAGGACUUCCAAGAAGCACUUGCUAGAAGAAUAAGAAGGUUUUCGAACCAGGCAGUUCCAUCCGAUUACGUUAUUCAUCCAGAUGCUUCAGAAACUCACUGGGAGGCAGCAUACUUUACUGAAAUUGCCUGGAAAUUUGCCAUGGAUUAUCCACAAUAUCGCGAACCAAAAGACUUGACUAAGCCGAUUUUGCGUCUUAAGGCUGUCAAUCCUCUUGGUGAUAACAUUAACAAGGCAAUCAAUUUUGUUAAUGGCUUGCUCAUGAAUUCUGUUUGA